CGGCAGCUGGCUAGCUGAGCUAUAUAGGCCACACAUGGAAGAAGUGAAAAGCAUGCGAGGGAGUGAACCGGACAGCUAGGGCACAUGCUUUUCACUGAUUCGUUCUUCGUACCUAGUCCCUGCAAACAUCUUCAGGGAUCUGUCUUCUCGUCAGGAGCUAACGGUACAGGAACCGGCAGGAGGUCGAUCGGCAUGGACGACUCGAGCAUGUUCAUCGAGUGGGCCAUGGAGACGCUGCAGCACGACGACCCAUUCUCGUCACUGCAAGAUCUCCACUGGCCGGAGCUACAGAAUGGCAUCGCCCCUGCAGAAGCUGCAGCCCAAGAUGGCCACCCACUCCGCGCCACGGACAGCUGGAGCUCCGGCGCUGACAGCGGCCGUGAGAACACGCCAAGAGGUGCGGCCGUGGAGAACGACGGCUGGUCGUCCAACUGCAGCGUCGGUAGCACAACCUACCCACCCGCCGGCUGGAACUUCAGCUCCACCAUGCCACAGCCGAGCACUCACGACGAGAUCACGCCCACCGCCCACGAACCAGCGCAGGACGUGCCUCAGCCGGCGCAAAGGUCGCCGGCGUCAAGGAAACGCACCUUGAAGAGCGCCGCCAGUACGGAGACGGGGCAGACGUCCUCGCCGGAGCCGUGCGUGCAGGAACACGUCAUGGCUGAGAGGAAGCGCCGCGAGAAGAUCAACCGCCGCUUCAUCGAGCUCUCCACUGUCAUCCCCGGUCUCAAGAAGAUGGACAAGGCGACGAUCCUGUCCGACGCUGUGAGGUACGUCAAGGAGCAGCAGGAGAAGCUCAAGGAACUCGAGGACCGCAACGUGAGGAGCGUCAAACCGGUUGUGCUUGUCAAGAGGCCCUGCAUCGCCACCAAACCGUACGGCGCGACGACGACCGGGAGCUCGCUGCCAGAGAUCGAGGCAAGGAUCUCGGAGAGCACUGUCAUGCUGAAGAUCCAUUGUGAAGACGGCAAGGGCGUGCUUGUCAAGUUGCUCGCCGAGGUUGAGGGGCUUCACCUUAGCAUCACGCACACCAAUGUCAUCCCCUUCCCGUCUUGCACUGUGAACAUAACCAUCAUGGCAAAGGUGGAUGAGGGGUUCGACAUUGUACCACAGGACAUUGUAGGGAAGCUUGGUGCGGUGUUGCACUGAUGUCAUAGCUGAUCACAAUAAUAAUGAUAUGGCCAUAUCAAUAAACAUGGAACCGCCAAGACCGAAGAAGCAUCAAUCAGUCGAAAUAAGAAAGGGAGAUGCCCCUUUCCGAAAAAGAAGAAGAGGUAACUAGUUCAUGUGUGUUUGUGUGUGUGGUUGUUUUUGCUACAAUAAUAAGUUCUUGGUUUGUUUUUCGAAAAUGAGGAUUCCCCUCGGACCGGGCGCACCAUGAGAGAUGGAUAUUCAUUCUACUUUGGGCAUGCAUGCUAAUAAAGCUAUAAGUUGUCGGUUUUU